ACCAGCUCCCCUCUCCAUUUUUCAUCCCUUUUCCAUCCCCCGUCUUUGCCCACAAUGGUCUUUAAAGUCGCAGACAUUUCUCUCGCUGCCUUUGGUCGCAAAGAGAUUGAGAUCGCCGAGAAUGAGAUGCCAGGGCUUAUGUACCUCAGGAAGAAGCAUGGUGCAGCCCAGCCUUUGAAGGGGGCCCGUAUCGCAGGAUGUCUUCACAUGACCAUCCAGACUGCCGUUCUCAUCGAGACUCUUACCGCCCUCGGCGCAGAGGUUGCAUGGUCUUCCUGCAAUAUCUUCUCGACUCAAGACCAUGCGGCAUCCGCGAUCGCGGCUACUGGCGUUCCAGUUUUCGCUUGGAAGGGUGAAACCGAGGAGGAAUACACUUGGUGCAUUGAGCAAACACUCUCUGCCUUCUCUGGCAACCAGCCUUUGAACCUGAUCCUGGAUGAUGGCGGUGAUCUUACCACCCUUGUCCACGAAAAGUACCCUCAGUUCCUGAAGGGUAUCAAGGGUGUCUCUGAAGAGACUACCACUGGCGUGCACCACCUUUACAAGGCCUUCCGCGAUGGGAAGUUGAAAGUUCCCGCCAUCAAUGUCAAUGACUCCGUUACAAAGUCCAAGUUCGACAAUUACUAUGGCUGCCGUGAAUCGCUCGUUGACGGGAUCAAGCGUGCCACGGAUGUCAUGCUUGCUGGCAAGGUUGCGGUUGUUGCUGGUUUUGGUGAUGUUGGAAAGGGUUGUGCUGAGUCUCUACGCUCUUACGGUGCUCGCGUCCUCAUCACCGAGAUCGAUCCCAUCAACGCUCUUCAGGCUGCGAUGGCUGGAUAUGAAGUCACUACCAUGGAGGACGCUGCUCCCCGUGCGAAUGUGUUUGUCACUACUACCGGUAACAGGGACAUCAUUACCGCUAAGCACUUCGAGGCUAUGCCGGAGGACGCUAUCGUAUCAAACAUCGGUCAUUUCGACGUCGAGAUCGAUGUCGCCUGGUUGAAAGCGAACGCCAAGCAGGUCAUCAACGUCAAGCCCCAGGUCGACCGUUACACAAUGGCGUCGGGCCGUCACAUCAUUCUUCUCGCCGAGGGUCGCCUGGUGAACCUUGGCUGUGCUACUGGUCACCCGUCUUUCGUCAUGUCGUGCUCGUUCACGAACCAGGUCCUUGCGCAGAUUGCUCUCUGGACAACUCCUGAGAAGUUCCCUCUCGGUGUACACAUGCUCCCUAAAGAGCUCGAUGAGGAGGUCGCUCGUGCUCACCUCAAGACUCUCAAUGUCAAACUUACUACGCUCUCUGACGUUCAGUCCAAGUACCUGGACCUCCCCGUCAACGGUCCUUACAAGGCCGACCAUUACCGCUACUAAGCUAUUUUGCCCUUGUGUGGCAAUCGUGGCCUCAACGCCGCCUCUCACCGACCGGAAGAAGGAUGAUAGAAUCUUCAACGUUCCUUUCAUAUUGUGGUGUGUAGAGGACGAGUCUCAACGCUCUCGUCCGUAGGCGGAGGAUAUCGGGGCGAGUUUCGUGCCGCGUAGGUGCGGGGCUCCAAGGAAAUUUGGGAGUGAGGCGGGCGAGGUUGCUGAGCUACUUAGAGUGGUAUAUCUGUCAACCGUUGUCAUUCGUUGCAGGGGGCCUCAACGAGCCCCAUAUUUAAUUCAAUCCUUUCCAAUUGG